ACAACUGCUUCUAUUUCCUAUUUGGUGGCAGGCAAUGCAACCCAUGUAGCAGGUCAGACAGCUCAGUACGAACCAGGUGUUUUAUCCUCAUUUCUGCCUCUUCCUACUACAGACAGGGUAGGUGAGCAUCCAACUCAGGAAGAGUCACGAUGCUGGGGUCUGGGUUUAAAGCGGAUCGACUAAAGAUCAAUCUAAGACUGGCCAUGAACCGGCUGAAGCUGCUUGAGAAGAAGAAAACUGAGAUCGCACAGAAAGCCAGGAAGGAGAUUGCAGAUUACUUGUCCUCUAAGAAGUUUGAUCGAGCACGGAUCCGUGUAGAGCACAUUAUUCAAGAAGAUAACCUUGUGGAGGCCAUGGAGAUUCUAGAGAUGUUCUGUGACCUGCUCCUUGCACGAUUUGGUCUAAUUCAGUGUAUGAAACAAGUGGACCCUGGCCUGUCAGAAGCUAUCUCCUCUCUGAUCUGGGCCGCCCCACGUCUCAUGGAAGUAACUGAGCUAAAGACGGUGGCAAGUCAGCUGUCUAACAAAUACAGCAAAGAAUAUGGCAAUCUGUGCAGAACAAAUGAAAUUAAAACCGUCAGCGAGCGACUGAUGAAGAAGCUGAAUACAGCAGCUCCACCAAGGAUAUUAGUGGAGAAGUAUCUGAUUGAGAUUGCCAAACAGUACAACGUGCAGUUUGAGCCUGAUCUUACUGCUUUGGCUGAGGUUCCCCCUGAAGAUAACCAUGAUAAAAAGACAGGAGGACCUGGCAAUGGUGGCUUUGGAUGUCCAUAUCCCCAAAACUCAGAACUGGAUGAUCCUGUAGGAGUCUAUGAACAGUGUGCCUUUCUGCAGCCACCUCCAAGACCUCAUAUACCACCGUCUAUUCCAGACAACCCCCCAGCUUAUGAUAUGGCUAAACCUCCUCCUGGCUUAGUUGGGGAACCUAGGUUAUAUCCCAAACCGGAUUAUGGUGGGGAUUCUAACUCACAAGAUAAGUGGCAACAAAGGGACGUCAGAGAUAGAUAUAAUCAUAUGCCAUUGCCAAAAUUGCCAUCCGCACCAGCUGACCCGCCUGCAACUAAUCCCUCGCCAUACGAAGAUAUUGACUUUGAAGACCUGUCAAAAAGACUGGAUGACCUAAAAAAGAAGACGUGAAAGCUUCCAUUAUUUUGUAUAUUGCCUAAAGCUUUGUAUUGAAUCUCUGCGCCCUCAUUCUGUUUCCAUGUUUCAGUCUCUUGUUAAAGUAUGUAAUAUUGCUACUUUUGAUCACGUAAUAAAUAAUAUGCCAUAAAAUAGGCAGUUAAAGAGAAAAA